AUGGGCCACUACGGCAUCCGCGUGGCCACCGGGGCCUGGCGCUUCUCCGGCUCGCACAACCGCGUGCAGCUGUGGCUGGUCGGGGCGCGCGGGGAGGCGGAGCUGGGGCUGCAGCUGCGGCCGGCGCGGGGCAAGGAGGAGGAGUUCGAUCUCGACGUUCCCGAGGACUUGGGGCCGCUGCAGUUCGUGAAGCUGCGCAAACAGUUCUGGCUGGUGGACGACGCGUGGUUCUGCGACCGCAUCACGGUGCGGGGCCCUGGAGCCCUCGCGGAGGCGGCCUUCCCGUGCUACCGCUGGGUGCAGGGCGAGGGCGUCCUGAGCCUGCCCGACGACACCGCCCGCCUGGCAGGAGACAAUGCCUUGGAUGUGUUCCAGAAGCAUCGAGAGAAGGAACUGAAGGAAAGACAACAGAUUUACUGCUGGGCCACCUGGAAGGAAGGGUUACCCCAAACAAUAUCUGCAGACUAUAAGGAUGAUCUACCUCCAAAUAUGAGAUUCCAUGAGGAGAAGAGGCUGGACUUUGAAUGGACUCGGAAGGCAGGGUCUCUGGAGAUCAUCCUCAAACGUGUUUACACCAUCCUGAGCUCCUGGAACCACCUACAAGACUUUGAUCAAAUCUUCUGGGGCCAGAAUAGUGUCCUGGCUGAGAAGGUUCACCAUCACUGGCAGGAUGAUGAGUUCUUUGGCUACCAGUUCCUCAAUGGCGCCAACCCCAUGCUGUUGCGACACUCCACCUCUCUGCCUUCCAGGCUAGUGCUGCCCUCAUGGAUGGAGGGUCUUCAGGCUCAGUUGGAGAAAGAACUCCAGAAUGGUUCCCUGUUUGAGGCUGACUUCAUCCUACUCAAUGAUAUUCCAGCCAACGUGAUCCGAGGAGAGCAGCAGUACCUGGCUGCUCCCCUGGUCAUGCUGAAGAUGGAGCCCAAUGGCAAGCUGCUACCCAUGGUCAUCCAGAUUCAGCCUCCCAGUCCCAGCUCCCCAAACCCAACACUGUUCCUGCCCUCAGAUCCCCCAUUUGCCUGGCUCCUGGCAAAGUGCUGGGUCCGAAAUUCAGAUUUCCAACUGCACCAGCUCCAGUAUCAUUUGCUGAACACUCAUCUGGUGGCUGAAGUCAUCGCUGUCGCCACCAUGAGGUGCCUCCCAGGACUACACCCUGUCUUCAAGCUCCUGAUCCCCCACACCCGCUACACCAUGGAAAUCAACACCCGGGCACGGACCCAACUCAUCUCAGUUGGAGGAGUAUUUGAUAAGGCAGUGAGCACAGGAGGAGGGGGCCAUGUGCAGUUGCUCCGUCGAGCAGUGACCCAACUGACCUACCGCUCCCUCUGUCCUCCUGACGACCUGGCUGACCGGGGCCUGCUGGGAAUCCCAAGUGCUCUCUACGCCCACGAUGCUUUACGGCUCUGGGAGAUCAUUGCCCGGUACGUGGAGGGGAUCAUCCACCUGUUCUACCAAAGGGAUGAUGUUGUGAGGGGAGACCCUGAGCUGCAGGCCUGGUGUCGGGAGAUCACUGAGGUGGGGCUGUGCCAGGCCCAGGACCGAGGUUUCCCUGUCUCCUUCCAGUCCAAGGCUCAACUCUGCCAUUUCCUUACCAUGUGUGUCUUCACAUGCACUGCCCAACACGGGGCCAUCAACCAGGGCCAGCUGGACUGGUAUGCCUGGGUCCCUAAUGCCCCAUGCACAAUGCGGAUGCCCCCACCCACCACCAAGGAAGAUGUGACAAUGGCCACAGUGAUGGGGUCACUACCUGAUGUCCAGCAGGCUUGUCUUCAAAUGGCCACCACAUGGUUCCUGGGUCGCCGCCAGCCAGACAUGGUGCCUCUGGGGCAUCACAAAGAAAAAUAUUUCUCAGGCCCCAAGGUUAAAGCUGUGCUAAGCCAAUUCCAAACAGAUUUGGAAAACUUGGAUAUGGAGAUUACAGCCCGGAAUGAGCAACUUGACCUGCCCUAUGACUACCUGAAGCCGAGCUGCAUAGAGAACAGUAUCACUAUCUGA